UGCGCACUGUGGUCUCCAUGGCGAUAGCAAAUUUAAGCGAGAGCAGCAGGGAUGAGUGAGCUUCCUGUCAAACCCGGACGUGACAGAUCGUCUAAAGGCUCUCUGGCGCGUCCUAAAAUCUAUUUGACAUUAAUUUAAUGAGAUAUUACAGGAAUAAGGAUGAUAAUUCGCCGUUUGGAUCUUGUAUUUAAUGAGCUGUGAAUUGAAGUGGACUCAAAUUGUCGUGUUUGGCUAAGUGGCUAAUGCUAGCGAGGUAUGGGAAAAUCUGGGAAAAAAUCGAAAGCGGUUGAGUGACGUACUGGAUUACGAAAGCGGAAGUGAUAAAGUGCGGAUUAUCGAUCUGAAAGGUUUCUUUGUAGAAACGGAGACAUGGACGGAGACGAAAGAGCAACUUCUGAAAGGAUUCUUCUGGAACCGUACAAGUACUUGUUACAGCUGCCAGGAAAACAAGUCCGAACGAAACUCUCGCAAGCGUUCAACCACUGGCUCAACGUCCCAGAGGACAAGCUUCAGGUGAUCAUCGAGGUGACGGAGAUGCUGCACAACGCCAGUCUGCUGAUCGAUGACAUUGAAGACAGCUCUAAUCUGCGGCGCGGUUUCCCGGUGGCCCACAGCAUCUACGGCGUGCCGUCUGUCAUCAACUCCGCCAACUACGUCUACUUCCUGGGUUUGGAGAAGGUGCUGACGCUGGAGCACCCCGAGGCCGUGCACGUCUUCACCCGUCAGCUGCUGGAGCUGCACCGCGGUCAGGGUCUGGACAUCCACUGGAGAGACACCUACACCUGCCCAAGCGAGGAGGAGUACCGCGACAUGGUGCUGCAGAAGACCGGCGGCCUCUUCGGCCUCGCCGUGGGCCUCAUGCAGCUCUUCUCCCACUGGAAAACAGACCUAAAGCCGCUUUUAGACACCCUGGGGCUCUUCUUCCAGAUCCGGGACGACUACGCCAACCUGAACUCGACAGAGUACAGCGAAAACAAGAGCUUCUGCGAGGAUCUGACGGAGGGCAAGUUCUCCUUCCCCACUAUACACGCCAUCUGGUCGCAUCCCGAGAGCACGCAGGUGCAGAACAUCCUCCGGCAGCGCACGGAGAACGUGGAUAUCAAGCGCUACUGCGUGGAUUAUCUGGAGAAGGUGGGCUCGUUCGCUUACACCCGUCAGACGCUGCUGGAUCUGGAAGCUGAAGCCUAUCGCUUGAUCGCCGAGCUCGGAGGGAAUCCAGAGCUAGAGGCUCUGCUGCAGCAUCUGAGUCGCAUGUAUAAAGAGCCCGGGGGCGGAGCUUCGGCCAGCCAAUCGAGAGAACCCGGGGGCGGGGCUUCGAAACAAUAACUCUGCUCUGUUAUUAAAGUACUGUUACUUUGACUUCACAGCAUUGCUUUUUCUCUCGUUCAUAUUUCCGACAUUUGAAGUGUGACAGGAACUUUACUAGCCUCUUAGUCAUUCGGCGUACUGUAAUUGGCUUUAAACAAAUAUUUAACGUUUAAACAAGGUCUUAUUUCACCACGAAAUCAAAGCAAAUACAUUGCUUUAAGAAAAUUAUAAUUCUUUUGAAUUGGUUUUCGUGACUGGUGUUUAUCAUGAGCAGGAUUACAGACCGAUCCACCACUUGAUGUUCAGAUGCCUCUGAAAUCGUGAAUUCAGAUUAGAUCUCACGUAUGUGAUGUAUGACAGGUCACUGGGUUUUACCUUUGAACAAAUAUACGGUUAUGUGUGUGUUUAUCAGACUCACUAUUCUGUGAAUAAACACUUUCAUACACCACA